GGCACCGUGAACAUGCAAUCUGCGCGAAACGAGGAGUCGCAAAAUUCCAAUUAUCAGCGAGACAUACAAAAUAUCUUCAGACUGAACAAGUGGAUCCUCGGUGUGAUCGGUAUCUGGCCAAUCACCGUCCGUGGUGUCGGACAUCACGCGCAGCUCAUCAUGAUGGUGUUUUUUAACUUUGUGCUCAUCUUCACGGUGAUUCCCUGCUUUCUGCAUAUGAUAUUCGAUCAGAAGAAUAUGAUGCGAAGGCUGAAAAUCGUUGGUCUGCUGAGCUUCUGUCUCACCGCUAUGAUCAAGUAUUACCUCCUUACGAUGCACAGACCGAAAAUUCUGUACUGUAUCGAUUACGUGAAGAAUGAUUGGUGGCAGGUAAAGUUCAAAUCCGACCGCGACGUGAUGGUGAAAUAUUUCACUACUGGUCGGAAUCUAACGAUAGCCUCAGCAACCUUCAUAUACAUCGCUGGAAUCAUUUAUUAUUUCAUUCUACCGUGGUGUUACGAGCACAAGAUCGGCAACCGAACCGUCCGGCCGCUCGUGUUUCAGACUUACAGUGGAUUCCCUCAUCUCCAAAUAACUCCCUUGUACGAAGUUGUGUAUUUAACUAAUUGCGUAUGCGGAUACGCAAUAUUGUCGGUGUCAGCGGGUGCAUGCGGAUUGGCCUCUCUGUUUGCUACUCACGCAUGCGCACAAAUUGAAAUAAUUAUGACGCGAUUGGAGGAUCUCUUGGAGGGCAAAAACUUUGAGAAAGUUUCAAAUAUUAACCAACGAAUCGGUACUAUCAUAAAAAACCACGUUCGAAUAAUAAGAUUUAUAGCCGUUGUGGAUGAAAUGAUACAGGCAGUGUGUUUAGUGGAGUUUAUAGGUUGCUUAUGCGUUAUCUGUUUGGUUGAGUACUAUUGUAUAGCGGUGCGUUAAUGUACAUUAGAAAUGGUAUGAUAGAAAGUAGAAAUUACAAAUUUUUUAAGUGGAAGAUUUAUAAAGAAACUUUUCCAUAUUUAUAAUAUGUCAGGAUUGGAAAGCAAAUGAUAUAGUUAGUGUGGUAUCUUACCUUUUGUUCCUCAUUGCAUUUUGCUUCAACGUUUACAUAAUGUGCUAUAUCGGCGAAACUCUCAUGGAAAAGGUACUACUGCUUCACAUGACUUCAUUUCCGCCGUUUGUUCAGUAAUCCUUUGCAAUUGAUUUUCCAGAGCGGCAACAUUGGAUUGGUAUGUUAUAUGAUCAGUUGGUACGAGUUACCGCCAAAAAUAUCUCGCGACCUUAUAAUGAUAAUCUCCAUGUUCUGUCAUCCUGUAAAGUUAAGUGCCGGUAAAAUGGCGGAUUUAUCGUUAACGACUUAUGGAAAUGUAAGGCACUACAAAUUUAUUGUGACUCUAUCUUUCACUUAAAAUUCGACAUUAAAUAAUAAUCCUGAAAAUAAACUAAUAAUCUGAUAAUUAUUUGAUGAUACUUUCAAAGUAAAUGACUUAUACUAUAAUGGACAAGCAUUAAUUUUAUUCGAAAACAACUUAUAGCUAAAAAAAUGUUUCAUAUAUUAUC